AUGCAUGCAGGAAUUGUCCAGCAAGGAAAAACUUUGUCAAGAGCUGAUGCUCGUAUUCCUAAACCUCCGAAGGCACCGGAAAAGCCCUUAAUGCCUUACAUGCGUUAUAGCAGAAAGGUAUGGGAAAGAGUAAAAAAUGAAAAUCCACAAUUGAAAUUAUGGGAAGUCGGAAGAAUAAUUGGGCAAAUGUGGCGUGAACUACCCGAUGAAGAGAAGAACAUUUACAUAGAGGAAUAUGAAGCUGAAAAACAGAGAUAUAGCGAAACCUUGAGGCAGUAUCAUAGCUCGCCGGCUUAUCAAGCCUGGAUGGUUGCUAAAGAAAGAGCUGAGAAAGUUAUUGAAGAGGAAGAAAGAAGGAAUGCAGCUAGAUCUCGUGAGAAGCAUGAACCGGCGGUUGAUAUGCGAGAAUCUUACAUACUGGAAGAUAAUGAAGAAGAUCCGGAUGAGCAAUUUACUAUUAAGCACGUAGCAGCUGCUCGUUAUCAGCGUAACCAUCGUCUAAUGCUCGAAAUCCUCGGUGAUUCAAAGUUGCCCGAUCCUGGACAAUUAAUAAACGAACAUCGCAUUCGAACUCUUCAAACACAGGUCAAACAGCUUAAGACCCACAAAAUGAACCUCUGCAAAGAGAUAGAGAAUUGCGAACUUCGUCAUCAAGCGAAGAUGCGUAGAAUUCAGGAUGAGUCAGCAGUAUUUUAUAAUGAAUAUAGAAAAUUGAUGAUACAAACUCCGAGAAUUUCGGAUUCUCAGUUUGCUGAAAUGAUUAUCAAGGCAAAACAGGACAUGGAGAAAGAGGAACAGAAGAAAAGAGAACUACAGGCAGCUGAAAACGAGGCUCGAAAGCGUAAAGCUGAACAACAUGAAGCGGAAUUAGCAGAAACCGAAAGAAAACGCAAAGCUCAAGUGAUUCAACAACAGCAGCAACAGAUGCAAUCUUCUCCAUCUAAUUCGUUUUCGGGACCUACUCAACAGCAACAACCAACGACGGCACAACCUCCUGAAAACACGGCAAAUCCAGUUGUUGAGUCAGAGAGAAACAAUAGUGCUUUGGUUGAAGAAGUGAAGAAAGAAGUUCAGCCUGCUGCUGCUUCGGAAGCAACUACGGUAGAGCAAGUUGAAGAGAAAGCUAUACAUGAGUCAUCUCAACAACAACAGCAUCAACCAACUGUCCAAGUACCACCGGCACCUCAAAUGGUAGCUCAAGGUCAAGGAGGAGCACCAGUUCAAGGUAUGAGCCAGCCACAGCCACCUCCUCCGAAUUACCCCAUGUCAUCUAAUCCCCAACCUCCCCCACCUCCUGAAUAUCAGCAGUACCAUCAACAACAGCAAAAUCGAUAUCCUCCAAGCUACUAUUCUCAGGCUGCGAGAUCACAGUAUCCACCUCAAGGGGGCUAUCCUCAACAAACUGCACCCCCACCACCAAGUUAUCCAACUUCUCAGCCCGUUGUCAAUCAACAACAACAGCAACAAAUGUAUCCUUCUUCGUGGCAACAGCAUCAAGGCGGUGGACCAGGUGGAUAUCCACCGCAACAACAGGGUUACCCAGGUGGUGGUGCGAUGGCAUCUCAGAGAUAUCCCCAGCCGUCACCUCACUCUGGAGGAUAUCAAAGACCUCCAUAUUCAGAGGCUCCUGCACCACCGCCUUAUCAACAACAAGGCGGUACCGGUUCUGUGAUGCAUCAUCCACCUCAACACGGUGGGUAUUGGCAAAGCCAAGGACAGUCGGAAAUGGGUCAGCAGGGUGUUCCACAGACUGGUCAUUACCCUGUUGAUCCACAACAACAACAGCAACAGAUGGGAGGUAUGAUGCCGCCUACACAAGGGCAAGGUCCUCAGCAGAGUGCUCCUGGAUACUAUCAUCAAGGUUACGGUGGAGCCCCAGCUACCGGUUAUGGUAUGCCACCGUCUCAAGGAGGAGUUUACUAUAACGGACCCCCUCAACCACAGGCUCAACAGCAGCAACCGCCAGGUGGAGGUCCUUAUGGUCACCAACAGCCUUAUAUGCAACCACAACAGCUCUCACAGCAUUGGUCUUCGCAACAUCAAUACCCUCCUAGUAGCUAUUCACAACAGACACAGAGGCAGUCGGCACAGCCGAUUCCUCCAGUGUCUCAGACAGUUCCACCACAACAGCAGUCCCAACCCCAACCAAUUCAACCACCUGGAGGACAAGGUAGUAACACUGGGGGAGCGGUUCCCUCACCUGCUCCCUCUUCAGAUCCUUCCGUAAUGAUGCAGAAUAGGCCUUCGUCAAAUUCACCACAACUACAACCUGCUGCAUCUUCUGUACAAACACCACCUGCUCAGUAA